AUGGAGGGAAGUAACUCUGGCAGCAUAUCGCCAGCGCGCGUGAAGGCGGAGCCCGAGAGUGCAGAUACGGACCAGUGGGAACGAGACCUUGUUAAGGAGGAAGCUGAAUUCACGGACGAGGAGUGUGUGAAGGAGGAGUGUGAGGACAGCAGAGAUGGGUGCGGCGUGAGCGAGGCAGCCAUGCUGGCCGGCCUGUACGACCACCACGAGGUGAAGGACGAGCUUGUGCUGGGGCCGGAGCUCCCGCAUCGACCCAUAGUCGCCAUGGAGCUGAGAGCGCCCGCUCUUGUCUCCUCUGCUCUGGUGUCGGGCCGGCGCCGCUCGUGCUCGGUCAGGCUGGAGCGCCUGCUGGUGGACGCGGAGCGGCGCACCUGCCGGGUCGGGCGCCGCACAUACAAGCUGCACACCACCAAGCCCGCACCCACACCCAAUGCCACCGCCACCAUCUAUCAAUGUUACCAUUGCAGCAAACGGUUCAGGAACAAGUCGCUUUUGGAGAAACACAUACACACUCACUUGUCGUUAGGACCGUCGCGUAAUUCCACUCGAGAGAACAUUGCUUUGCAUCGUCAACAAAUGUCACAAAGGAAUAGAAAACCUAAUAACAAAGCCUUUAAUUGUGAUUACAAGUCCAAUCAAAAAUUACACUCAGGGAAUCACAAGAAGUACACUGGUGAAAAGCCAUUCAAAUGUAACUACUGUGACUUUGUGUGCAUUUCGAAAUAUAUAUUACAGAAUCAUCUGAUGACUCACACUGGCGAAAAGCAAUUUAAAUGUAGCUACUGCGAUUACCGGAGCAAUGUAAAACGUAAUUUGCAGAGGCACCUAUUAACUCAUACUGGUGAAAAGCCAUUUAAAUGUAACUACUGUGACUACAAGUGCAUUUCGAAAUAUAUGUUGCAAAAUCAUAUGAUGACUCACUCUGGCGAAAAGCCAUUUAAAUGUAGCUACUGCGAUUAUCGGUGCAAGUUAAAACGUAAUUUGCCGAGACACCUAUUAACCCAUAAUGAUAAAAAACCUUUUAAUUGUAAUUACUGUGAUUACAAGUGCAUUUCGAAAUAUAUGUUACACAAUCAUAUGAUGACUCACACUGGCGAAAAGCCAUUUAAAUGUAGCUACUGCGAUUACCGGUGCAUUUUGAAACGUAAUUUGCAGACGCACCUAUUAACUCAUACUGAUGAAAAACCUUUUAAUUGUAAGGAAUGUGACUACAAGUGCAUUUUGAAAAAUAGGUUACAGUAUCAUAUGAUGACUCACACUGGUGAAAAGCCAUUUAAAUGUAACUACUGUGACUUUAAAUGCUUUACGAAAAAUGUGUUACAGAAUCAUAUGAUGACUCACACUGGUGAAAAGCCAUUUAAAUGUAGCUACUGCGAUUACCGGUGCAAUUUAAAAGGUAAUUUGCAGAGGCACCUAUUAACUCAUACUGAUGAAAAACCUUUUAAUUGUAAGCACUGUGACUACAAGUGCAUUUCGAAAUAUAUGUUACAGUAUCAUAUGAUUACUCACACUGGUGAAAAGCCAUUUAAAUGUAAGUACUGUGACUACAAGUGCAUUUUGAAAAAUAAGUUACAGAGUCAUCUGAUGACUCACACUGGUGAAAAGCCAUUUAAAUGUAGCUACUGCGAUUACCGGUGCAAUUUAAAAGGUAAUUUGCAGAGGCACCUAUUAACCCAUAUUAAUAAAAAACCUUUUAAUUGUAACUACUGUGACUACAAGUGCAUUACGAAAUAUAUGUUACAGUAUCAUCUGAUUAACCACACUGGUGAAAAGCCAUUUCAAUGUAACUACUGUGACUACAAGUGCAUUACGAAAAAUAUGUUACAGAAUCAUAUGAUGACUCACACUGGUGAAAAGCCAUUUAAAUGUAACUACUGCGACUAUAAGUGCAUUACGAAAAGUAUGUUACAGAAUCAUAUGAUGACUCACUCUGGCGAAAAGCCAUUUAAAUGUAGCUACUGCGAUUACCGGUGCAAUUUAAAAGGUAAUUUGCAGAGGCACCUAUUAACUCAUACUGAUGAAAAACCUUUUAAUUGUAAACACUGUGAGUACAAGUGCAUUUCGAAAUAUAUGUUACAGAAUCAUAUGAUUACUCACACUGGCGAAAAGCCAUUUAAAUGUAACUACUGUGACUACAAGUGCAUUUUGAAAAAUAAGUUACAAAAUCAUCUGAUGACUCACACUGGCGAAAAGCCAUUUAAAUGUAGCUACUGCGAUUACCGGUGCAAUUUAAAAGGUAAUUUGCAGAGGCACCUAUUAACUCAUACUGAUGAAAAGCGGCGCCCGCUCCGUUCCAGCUAAUGAAUAUUGUAUAAAAUCCAUUUUAAAAUAAAAAGAGUAAUACACGUUU